AUGUCAAGAGAAGGUGCAAGCAGUUUUGAUGCAGCUUCAUCGUUAAAGAUGGAUCCAGACGACGACUGGGUCUAUGAUGAUAUUGGGCCGAUAGAUUCCCUCGACCCUCUGGACGUCUACCCAAUUGAAAAGGAAGAGGGCCCUACUCAACCUAUGGCGAGCGAAGGAGGAGAGAGUUCUAGUGGUCGCAUAAGGUCCGCCUCGCCUGCUCUCUCCUCAAGUUCCAGUCAAGGAAGAAGAAAGGCUACCUCCCGCGAAGAGAUUCUCGGUCAUGAGAUGCGAAAUCAAACGCUACGCACCGACCUACUACAGAAGAAGGCCAGUCUGACCGAAAAGAAGACGCAAAUCUUCUUCUACAUUCGUCAUGGAAGAUUCCCGAUGUCAGUUAUAAUAUAG